AUGCCUUAUAUGCUAAUAUCAACGCAAAUUCGACUUGAAGUGGGACCGACGUUUGUGGGAGACGGAGAAAGCGACAAAGAGCUAAUGGAACGGUUAGAGGCGAAUCCUUCACGACAACUUGGCAACGAAUUUGAGUACAUGACAGCAUUAGCACCUCGUCAAGUACUGGACAUUUUAGAAAAGGAGGGUUGGAAAGUUCAAACUGCUACGUUAGUUAAGAUCGCUGCUGGCGGAUUUUUGGUAGGGUCGACGGCACUGUAUUUGGCACAGAAGUCUGUGCAACGCAAAGUGCGAAAUUUUCCUCAUUACAUCGAAAGUUUGGAAAUCGUCGCUCAACAUGACCGUGCAAAAGAUGCAUUAGGCCCACCGAUCAAGGUUGGAUCAGUAGACUUAGCAGAUCGUCGGCAUAAUUUCGUAGGAAAAACCACAAGCAUGUUGCGGAUUCCAGUGACAGGAACAAUAUCUGGCGGUUACAUGGACGUCAUGGCUGUGCGAGAUGAUGAAAGCAAACCUUUUGUCACGGCAAAAAUAAGGUUGAUAUUGGACGACGCGGCAAUCUCAAUUUACGAUACUGGUACCUGGAAGGAUAGCGAAGUUGAAAAAGCAUCCGAUUCAUAA